AUGAUGAUGGAAGAAGGGAAACUUGGGGAUGGGGAUGAUAUAGAGGGGAAGGUUGGUGGAGGUAGUGGGGAUUUGAAUUGCGGAAAUGGUAGGACUAUAUUGGAGCAGGUGGGGGAGUAUUUGAGUGAGCAGGGUCGGCAGGGGGUACGGCGUGGGGGGGGGAAGCAGGAGCGAGACGGUGGGGGACGGGGGGUUAUGGGUCGGGAUGGGGAUGGUUCGGAAGGAGAGGGGGGGGAGGGGGCUCAUGGGUGGUCAGCGGAGGAGAUGCAGAUUGAUUUGGAGCGGUUGGGGCAUUCGUUGUUGGAAGGGGGGGGGAUGGUCGUGGAGAUGAGGGAGUGGGGAGUACUGCAGGCCAUUUUUUUAGACUUUUCUUUGCUGGAAGAGACACAUCAUGGUAAACUAGAGGAUGAUCUAGAAGUGCAUCAUCAUUCAAAGAUUGCAGUUGCGAAGCGUGGAGGGGAGGGAAGGAGGGGCGAUGAUCAUGAAGAGGGGGGGCAUGAGGAGGGCGAGGAAGACGAUAAGCAAGGACAGGAGCAGCAGCCGCAACAUGUAAGGCCUAGAAUGGUGUUCUCUCCGAUGAUGUCACCGCUGGUGCAGUCGCACGGGUCUGCGACGAACACGCCGAUGCUGAGCGCAGAUUUGGCACAUACGACGCAUAAUACGCCGUAUUUGCAACAUGAGGUGCACGGUAUAGGAAUGCAUGCUCUAGCCAAACAGUCAUCUUUCUCGCCAUUGUCGUCUCCAGCGUUGAUGGCUGUGGAGGGCGUACGGUCGAAUAGCUUCAGUUUACCGGAAGCGAGCUUAGUGACUCGCAGGAGUUCCGGGGCGUCCAGAUCCAAGAAGACCCCUCAUUCGACUCCAUACAUGUCUGCUGGCUCUGGAAAAGUCUCUAAACAUUCUCCGCUGGUGGGACCGAAAAAAACGAUUGCAAAUACAGGCAGUGCCGCUGUUACUGCAGCGGCAACGUCUUCUUCCUCUUCGUCUUCGAAAUACAAGGGCCAAAUUUGGGAUGAUAUGUUUAAACUCCCAAACAGUUCAAUAGCGAUUCCAUCUAGCCAGCAGUAUUCAACUUCGCUUGGCAGCGUUUCGGGCGAUACACCAACUUCUCAUUCUACGGUGUCAUCGACGUCUCUCGGACCUGCGGACGAUCAUUUUUCGGAUGAACACAUGAAGCCCGCAACGUUGAUGAACUUCCCUAAGUUUAUUCUUCCCUCUGUGACUAACAACCACACAACUUCCUCUUCUUCUCCAUCUAAUGGUAUGGUAAUCCGAGCUACGGAGUCACCGGUGAUCAGACCGAGACAUCAAAACGGCGUUCCUACAAACUCCGCUGCCACCGUCAACAACAAAGGCAAAAACAUCAACAACAAUAAGGGUGCUGACAAUUCAAGUACGGGGGCCGCCGUAUCGGUGCCACCCACUGCCGUCUCCAUACCAGACUCUCUUCACAUGAAAAACAUCCCCAACGGGUCGUCUGAACAUAACGUGCCCGUAGAAUCCCAGCAUCAUACCAAGAGGACCUCAAGAUCAGCCUCUAAUAGAUCAAACAACGAUGAGCUAAUAAAAAAAGAAGUACACAAGGUAGCGGAACAAGGUAGACGCAACAGACUUAACAACGCUCUGGUAGAAUUGAACACACUCUUACCCCAAGAACUUAAAGAUUCCGUCCAGGUCCCAUCAAAGGCUACUACUGUGGAAAUGGCAUGUGAAUAUAUCAAGCAGUUGACUAGCCAAAAGAAGUAA